CAAAUGCCGACACACUCGCCCGGUAGCCUGGGCACAGAAAGGGUAUGCGAUACAUUCAUGCCCCUUUUCCAAAGCCCCGUCUCCCCCGAGCGAAAAUAAUUCGCAGAUUCAGAGUCAAUUAUCGGAUUGUGAAUCACCCAACAAUUCUUUUGAAACCAAGACACCAGAAGGGACACUUUGAAGCAUCUAGCAAGGAUUAUGCGCUAUUAAUCUGGGCAUGAAAAAAUGAGUCCUUUAUUAUUAUUAUUAUUAUCGUUAUCAUGAAAUACCCCCUCGUGGCGAGGCGAUCAUCGAAGCAGAUAAAAGCUAUUCGUAUCUAUCAAUGACAAAUGACAAACCUUGUAAUAUUUAACCAUUAAGGCUUGCGUACGCAUCUACGCACAUACGACCGACUAUACGUCGGAGAAAAUUUUGACCUGGAGUUGCAACUGGCACUUGGAAAAGAACGCCACGCGCAGUGCAAAGUUGAUAUCAAUCGAACAUUGAUAACGAAAUGGAUCAGUGAUUCGUGAUGUACGAUAAUUACCCUCGGCAUCAAAUGGAAAGGAUGUCUUAAUUGAAGUGAGUCAGUGAAUAGGUUCUCUGUGUUAUCCGGUGAUAGAGAAUAAUUGUAAGAGGUCGGAACACUGACAAAGGAAGAUUCAUAUCCCACUUGGAGUGACUCAAGGUCUACGUAAUCGUUUAUAAGUUGUUAUCUUAACCGUUCAGCAAACAGUGUAACGCAAGAACAGUUCUCGUGCCUUACAUCAGAUUACCUAAGAAAAGGGUGUAGGAAGUGAGGCAACGUAGGGGUGGAGAGAGGAGAGAGAGAGAGAGAGAGAGAGAGAGAGAGAGAGAGAGAGAGACAUAAAAAGAAAAAAAUUGUUACUAAUAUUAGUCAGGUAGAAGUACUUAUCCCUCUUACCUCUCGCUCUUGGGACGUCAAAGGCGAAUUUGGCACUGUUUAGUACCCUGCGCUGAAGUGCCAUCCAGUGCCACCUAGCCGAUGCGAGUGCCUGAUCAUCCUCGUAUUAACAAUGUCUUGUGCUUCCUGCGUUCUGUGGGGAAAGAGGUGCAAUGCCUUAACCAGCUGAAGAUAUUGAAGAUUCAAAUGCGUUGUUCAAAACGGUUAUUCUCGCAAGGUUACGAUGCUUGGGGCGUCCAUAAAUAACCUCGAGCGUUAAUCAGGUCAGGGAUUAAGGCAUAAUUAAAGGUUACCUUCGUCCGGAAAAAGGUUAACUUGUGUGAAGAGUGUUACAUUUAUCAGGAAUAUUUAAUUACAGCUUUAGAAUUCUGAGUUGCGAGUGGAAGAAAAAUGAAUCUUCAAAAGUGACGUAUUGGUGUGUUUAGAAACCACAAUAACAAACGGUAUGCAACUCUACAAGCAAGCUGAUGGCAUUAUUAUUUGUAGUGAAAGUAUCUAAGUGAAAAACAGGAAGUUUACAAAGGAAACUUCCUAACAAACGGAUGAAAUCUGACGGUACUUGUGUCUGAAAGUUCUGAAAGCUUCCGAAAGUGUCAUCAUGUCUAGAGAUUUUUUUUUGGAAAGAAAGCCUGAUUAGAGGCUUUCUGAAAGCCCAAACUUUCUUUUACCUUGACAGACACAAAUAUGUUUUACUUUAAUGCAACCUGUGGGAAUUCCAAGGUGCGAAGAAGGUGGACCUGAUAAACAGUGCUUUGAAUUAAGUCAUAGAAUUUUCCGGUAACAGAAAAUAAGUUUUUUGUGAACUUACACACCAACAAAAGUGAUCAGUGAAUCAUCCAACAUAACCAGUCCAGUACAAAUUCUCAGUUGUGACUAGAUUCUGACAAAAUGGAAAGUCUAGAGGCAAGAACUCUGAUUUUGUAAUAUAUAUAUAUAUUAUAUAAUAUACCAUGGUACAGUCCGUGGGGGGAGGCGCCCCCGAUCUACAGGGAUCUUUUGGUUCUCAACGCCAGUUUCGUCAUUCUUUUCAUCACCAUCAUCAUCAUAAUCAUCAGAGCAGAAGUCAGGAUGACGUCCACCGGACUAGUAUGAACACUGAAACUGGAGUUAGCGUCAUCAGCGAAGGAAAUUCCCCCGCUGACGGAGGAAAGCUGUCCUACCGCGCCAAGGUCCUCACGGGGAUUGGAGGAGGAGGUGGUGGAGAAGAGGGAGGAGGUGGGGGAAGUGGAGGAGGACAAGGAGGAGGAGGAGGGGGAAACGCCGCUGCCAAGCCUUCAAAGACCGGAAGAACACUCGAAAGCGGAACCCAUGGCAGCCCACCGGUUAUCAGACUCCUAGUACUAGGUGGUCAUGGAGUCGGAAAGUCAGCUAUAACAGUUCGGUAUCUUACCCGCAGAUUUAUUGGCGAAUAUAAAUCUCAAGUUGACAUCAUCUACAGACAGACGAUUCAGAUCGACGGGUUCAAGGUGGACCUCGAAAUAAUCGACAUCUCUUCAAGGCCGGGUGACGACACUCUGCCAACCUUGGAAAUAUGUCAGUGCGAUUGUUACCUGGUCGUCUACAGCGUAGCGGAGAGACACACCUUUCUGACAGCCAAUCAUUUGCUCAGGGCCAUCUUCAAGCUCCGCCCCCAUGUGCCUACACCGCCAAUCACACUGCUAGGAAAUAAACAAGAUCUCGAACAUUCCCGACAGGUGAGCCGGGAAGAAGGCGAGAGCACAUCAAAGGCCUUUGGAUGUGACUUCGCGGAAGUCUCAGUUGCUGAAACCAGCGAGGACAUCGUCCCUAUCUUCAUGUCCCUGCUGCGUAGGGCGAAGACCUACUCCUGCCUGUGCCUCCAUUCCUCUAGGGCGCUGCUCGACCUGACCUCAUCUCUAAAUCGACCAGCAUCUGGUCCAUUAACGUCAUCGACGCCGCUGGUGUUUUCAUCCCAUUCUUCGACUUGUUACUGUUCGUGUCAACAUACUUUCUUGAUAGACAGUCAGACUUGCCGACACUGUGGCUGCUCCGACUUGCUUUUGGUGAAGGGAACGCCCUUGAUCAGAACAGGGAGUGUUAAUAUUUCUAGGUACUCGGAAAACGAACGGUUCAAAACUCUCCCCUCUCGUGUUCGCGUGACCCGACAGGCCAGUGAAAGGUCGUACCGUAAAGUGAGCAGAAAUAACAGCAAGAGACAGACAUCAAGAACCACUAGUUCGCCACAACAGAAAGAAGAAAACAAAGAAAGCAAAACUAGCGGCCAGCUAAAUAAACUUAAUAAAAAGCUAAUUGACGAGAAACUAUUUUCGACCGGAAAGAGUGAGAAGGGAGAUGCACAGAAAGGUGAUAUUGUAAAUAAACCGAAGGAUGAGUUAAAGGUUCCAAAUCUCAUGAAUUCCGGUCCUAGACCGCUGACCAGAUCUCUGAGUUCUCCGGAAGAUUGGUCUCAAAAGGCUGACUCAGAAACACCCUGUGCCCUAACUCCAAAAACAGCUAAAAAUAAAAAGGCAGAAGGUUUCUUUGCUUCCCUUGAGUCACAGAACCCUAAUCUCUCCUUGUUAUCAAGAGGAAGAUCGUUCAUUCUCAACACUUCGAAAUCGAAGAGAAAUUUUGAAUGUUCGUGUUCCACUCAGAACCGCACAGGAUCUUUCAAAAGUAGCGGGAAGGUCGAAAUUGUGACGAUUAAGACCCCCAAACUGGGCGGCAAAGAGGAUCCCCUUGCGUCCGCUGCCAAAGAAGAAACCAAGACGAAAACGGGUAGGCCUAACCUACCGACGACUUCUAAGAAAUUCAAAAACGGCUCCAUUGGGCCUUUGCAGGGCGCUACUGCCGAGGCGAACCAGGCGCAGGCUGCUGGAACCUCCACUUCUAAAAAUCAAAAGCAGAAGAAAGCCUUUCAGGGGCUUGAUCCCCUGGACACCAAAUUUCCUCCAACAGCAGAUGCUAGUGUGUCUCCCACCACAGCUGUUCGCCAAAGAAAAUUCUCUGUGUUCGGCAGAGCACUUGGUAACUUCCUGUCGAAAGGUUCUUUGCCUGAUUUACCCAGGGCUACCGCUAACAUUUGCGAUAAAUUUGGUUCUUUGAAAAAGACUAUAAAGAAGCGGUCAGUAUGAUGCACAAGAGACUAUGAAAAUAUUUGCAUAGUUCUGCUUUACCCAAAAUUAAUUGGGGGCAUCAUCUGUCGACCUCCCAGAAAUAAAUGGAGGAAUCAAAACACAUACUUAUGUCCUAUUAACGAGACUCACAUGAGAUUUUUUGUGUUAUGUUGUGUUCUCAAAAUAACUUAUAUUUUUUUGACAUUCGGAUCACGUGGGUGUGUGGAGAGUGAUUUCAGAGGGUAGAUAUUUCGAGAAGACUUUACUAAGAAACUGUGAAAAAGUGGGGAAUCACUCAGAUAUGUAUCAAAAGUGCCUUGUUUUCACUAUAAGCAAUCUAUAGCAAGUGUAUGUGAAAUGCCAAAAUAUUCUGGGAGAGAGGAUACCGGAAACUAGAAUGAUCACCAGAAAAUACAUGACUUUUUCACUUAGUUUCACUCUAUAGUGCAGCUUAGUGUAAAAUGUCAAAUUAGAAUUUAGUUACAUUUAAUGAAAGAUGAAAACAUUUCUCCAUCUCUUGUCUUGGGGCUAUCUAUCAAAUCUUACCCCGCAAAAGUUAAAUUGUCGAACCUGAACGACCAGGACACUAUGAAUAUACAUAGAAAAGUGGUCGAUAGCAAAAACUACAUUAACCUUGAUUAAUCCCAUAUUUGAUAAAUUUACAGAUUUUACAAUAAAAGACAAGACUUUUUGUUAAUUUGUGAGACCACUGACAAAAAGAAAACAAUAUAUGAUGAAAAGGAAACCAAAAACCGUCCACAAUAUACUUUUAGUUGGGAUAAAACCAUGAAUGGCAGUCAUCACUUCGUUUUCAUUUCAAUAAUAAUGAUCAGACUAAUACUCAGUAUUCGCUGUGUGAUUGAGGUGAUGAACUUCUGAAUAGUUUGGAAAAGCAGUGCUUGUGACGUGCAGUUUUUUCCAGAAAGAUUAUACUUAUAAAAACUCAGAACCGGAAUAGUUAAGUCAUGUUGAACGCGAGGAAAAAUUGCAGUGAAACGAUGAGAAGGGGAAAAACAGGUGCACAAAUUGCUCUAUUGCAUCAUCACUUAACACGUAAAACCAUUUCUUUAUCAGAUAGCAAUUGUGAAGUGCAGUGAGUACUCACGUCAGGCAUAAAUGUUGAAAAAUUACUUCAUUCAUUAUACUGUCCGUCAGAGUUUAUUAUAUAUAUAUAUAUGUAUAUAUAUAUAUAUAUAUAUAUAUAUAUAUAUAUAUAUAUAUAUAUAUAUUGCUGAUUCCAUGUGUAACUAUCAUCUUUUCAUUCUACAUUUUAGAUGACCCAAAUCUUCUGGGGAUUCAGGUUUAAUUUGUGUGAGGUCCCCAAGUCCCGAGAAUGAAGAAAAUUUUGAUCAGAAAAAAAUUCCCAAAAUUGUACUUUUCGAAUGUUCUAUCAUUUUUUUGAGUUCAAAAGAUUUCAAUUUGGCAAUAUUCUUUGUAGACCUACCCUUUUGCAUUUCCUAAAUAUUUUGCGAAUUCAGAGAGCUUUAAUUUGACUACAGUCUUUUUAGUCUUUUUAAAUAUUCUUUCCAAAAUCUUCUGGGAAUUCACAAGGCCCAAUCUAAUAAAUAUCUUCUUAAUCUUUUGAGGAUCCAGAAAAACUGUUUAAUUUCCGAAGAAUAAUAUAUAAUAAUCUCCUCGGUCUUUUGAAUACCCAAUGAAUGCCUCAAAAUCUUAACCUGACAGUUGUCUACCUAAUCUUGAAAUUGUUUAAUGUUCCAUGUCUUUUGGGAGUUUGGACAGACAGCUUGAAUCUUCUAAUGAUGAAAUCAAUCUUAGCCCUUUUUUUGGAUGCCCCAAGUCUUUAUUUUGGGGGAGGGGGGGGAAAUGGUGGGAGGAGGGGUUCACAUGGCACUGCCAGCAGCUGUGAUAAAUACUUUAUGAAAUACACGAAUGUCUUUAAGAGUGCUGUUGUAUAUGAUGCAAUAGAGGCUUCGUAAUGUUUGUUAUCUAUCCGCUGGAUGUAUUAAGCUUUAAGGUAAUUUUUUGUUAAAACUUCGUCAUCGAUUUUACUCAAUAAAGUUAUUUCCCAAUGUAUGCAAUACAUGCAUAAACACAGACGCAUACAUACAAACUAAUAUGCACAGUGACAUAAAGCAUGCAUAAAUGUUUGCAUACACUACAGAUGCAUAUAAUUUCACUUCUUGAAUCUUCUUGAAUAAAUAUUUAUGUAUAUGGAUUAAUGUAUAAAAUGAUUUACUCAACUGAGAGUUAUAACUUCUAAUUUAUUUUUACUAAAUUACCAAGAUCUUUAUGUAAUAAUCAAGACUAUGAACUCCCGAGAAAUAGUCAGUUUACACUCUUGAAUGAUGAAAAUUAUUAAAAAAUAAUGAAAUACAAGCAAUAAACAUCAGGCUAAAGAUAUUGAGAGUAUCUAAAACUACACGUUUCUUUGAAAAUAACAUCUCGUUUUAAAAACUAUUUAUCAUAAAAGCACAUCAUCAUACUUAGAAAUAAUUAUAACUUCUUGCAAUGCGGAUAUCUGCAGCUAAAAAUAAAACCCUUCCUAAAUAUCAGUGGCUAAAAAUAAAAAUCUUCCUAAAAAUUCUAUCGAAGGUUUUUCUCUAUAUUACUACUUCCAGGCUUACAAACAUUAACACAUCAGUUGAAUUCAUUUGUAUCGACCACUGCUUAGUCUCGUCGCAAUUUGCCAAGAUAAAAAUUUCAGUUACGGCCGCCAGUAGUGUAUAAUAAAGUAGGUUGACUUGCAUGUCUCUACCACCCUUUACAAUCUACAUAGUCCAAGGAGGCACAUUCACUUCCAUCAAACCUACCUUACACAUUAAACACAGUGAUUUAACCUUUCUACAGAAUCUACGGUACAUACCAAAACAACAUUUUUUUUUAUGCAACAAAAAAUGAAAAAACCUUUUUACUUUUGUUUAUCUCGGAACUUUUGCGUUAUGAAAAUAAACAUUUUAACUACAA